AAUUUCCAUCUUCUCCCAUUGGUUAAUUAUCUUUCAUCCAUUUAUAACAGUACAAGCUAAGGUUCAUCAAUGGCGACAUCAUCAAUCCGUUUGCCCGGUUUUUCCUCAAGAAACCCUGCUGGUUCUAGACCGACAACCUCAAAGAACAUCAUGGGUUUUCAGACGUUGGGUUUGGGAGGUUUACAUCUAUGCUCCUCAGUCCUCAAAACUGGCAAUAAGAGCUUACAAAGUAGCUUUGUAAACCCUAACAGAGGGCUUCUUGUCUGCUUCAGCGGCACCGAACCAGGAAUUCCCUUGCCUUCAGGACCGCCGGAUUCAAAUCCACUAAAGGGUUGGCUGAUAGGGCUCCUGAUAUCAGUGGUUAUACCAUUUUUCCGUCAUAAAUUUGGAUCGUUUCUGCAAAUCAGAAGCGCUAUAGACAAGGUGGAAGAAAUCGUACACGGCGUAGAGAAGGUGGCGGAGGUGGUGGAAAAGGUGGCGGAAGAGAUCGGCGAAAAUCUGCCGGCCGGGAAACUGAAAGAUGCGGUGGAGCUGAUCGAGCAUGUGGCGGAGAAAGCUGACAAGGAUGCCGAAGCACUAGGAGAAUUCAUUGAUAAGGUGGAAGAAGUAGGAGAUAAAGUGGAAGAUGGGGUGGAGUCGUUGGUAGAGUUGGUGCACCGCCAAGAAGAUGAAGAUGAAGAUGAUGCAGUGAAAGUUGAGAAACCUCCCAAAGACCAAAGUAUGUAGGACUAAAUUAUAUAUUGCAUGCAAAUUUAUAGCAAUGAUUAAUAUUCUUUUAAAUUUAUU